CCGAACGGCGACCAGAACGCCAACAGGUGCGGACGCGCGCGCACAUGAAAUUUGUACCUACGUAAUAAUAUUAAUAUCGCGCGUAUUUGUCAUUAUACCGCCGCUGCGGUUGUCCGCAUGCACGCGCGCGACGCGACCAUAACAUAAUAAUAUCAUCUCGUCCGUCGCGUAUUCCACGUGGACAGCAGUGCCGUCGUCGUCGUCGUCCAUAGAACGUAUACAUACGCGUGCGUGUGUGUGUGUGUGUGUGUGUGUGUGUGUGCGCGCAGCGUGUGUGCGUGCGCGCGAAUUGAAUCUUCUUCUUGCAGUAUCCCCCUCCCACCACACUCGUUCGCUGCUGCAGGCAUAGACGCCGGGUCACGCACGCGCUCGUGGUUUUUUUUUUGUCGAUAAUAUUUGGUUUUCGGUUUUUCGAAUUUUCUCUUGCGGUCGGUUGACGAGGUGCGUGCUCGUCGACACUGUAUGCGAUAUCGUAAUAUUAUAAUCAAUACGCAAAAUAGGAGUAUUAUUAUAAACAUAAUAAACUAAUUAUACAUGCACUGCUGCUCGUUAGACGAUAGUACGCGCGGUCUGUCCGAUAUACGUUACGCGGGUGUCCGAUGGUCGGCGGUGUCGCCGUACGCAGCUGACGCUGGCCAUGGUGGUCACCGCGGACGUGAGACGGCGAAGUUGCGCGGGCUAUGAAAAAGAAUGUUGGCGGCGACGGCGGAGGCGAACGCAAGUCCCUGCGGAACAGGCGCCGGCGGGGGUUGGACGGUGACGGGCCGCUGCCGUCCCCACCUGUGCCUCCACCACCGACCGUGGCCACGGCUACCGUCACCAGCGGAGCGUUGCACCGACUUCAGGCGGUGUCGGCUGCAUCCGCAUCGUCAUCGGUAGCGGAAGCGGCGUCGGUGGUUGUGGCGGUUGACGGAAGGGAUUCGACUGCGACCGCGACCGCAGUGACAGACGAUUGGCUAUUCGCCGAUUGGUUGGACGGCGGUGGCGGCGGAGGUGGCGGCGGAGGCGCAGUUGCAACAGGUGUCCCGGAGCAGCAUCAACACCAGCAGCACCAACAACAGCCCGAAGCCGAUAUGAUCAUGGAGUGCAGUGCCCUUGAGCCAGGCGUCGGGCCGCUCCAUCAUGCGCAUCACCACCAUCACCAUCAUCAUCAUCACCACCCGUACUUGUUGGCCGAGUCUGCGGCUGCCGUCACCACGGCCACCACUGCCGCUGGCCACUUUAACGUGCUCAGCUUCGAAACGUACAAGGGCGGCGUGGCCACCAGCACGGGUGGACACGUGGGCAACGGUGGACACGGUACCGGUAACUCGGCGUGCCACAGCCCGGCACAGGGAAACGCCGGCACCGAUCUCAACACGCCCGUCACGACUAGCGCCGAAGUACCUUCGUUUUUCGGCCCAUCCACAGUCGUAGAACCGCCACUCAUAACAGGAUCAUUGCAAGAUACUGAUGAAAAUGGUAGCAAUAGAAGUGGUAUAGAACACAAGCUAGAGGUAUCUCUUCAAUUAAAAACAGAAGCCAUCGGAGGUGAACCGGAACAGGACGAUGCCGGUCAGGACGUCAUGUACACAACUAACUCCAGCAUACCAUCAGGGCAGUCUAGGAUCAGCUAUAGGUUCUCCACGAAUAGUCCUAUGCAAACAGCUCCGUGCUCAACUAGUUCCUCAAAUAACAAUAACAACAACCACCUCAGCACUUCUUGGCUUUUGCCUAGUCCAGACAAGAACAUAUUUCCACCUUUGUUCAACCUGCUCCAACCUCAACCAUCGAGCACGCCCACCUCAUACCACAGCUCCAGUCCUCACUACGAAGACAGAUCUCAACAGAGUCAAGUAGAAUUGCUUGGAAUGAGUAUCGACUGUGGUAAACAAGCACCACCCACGUACGCCAGUUGCGGAGUGACUGGAAAUGACCAAGAUCUCAUAUACCAUAACCGUGGUCAAAUGAUGCAACAACAGUCGUCGCCAGUGAAUAAAUACCAUUGGUUGGACUCACCGGUCGAAUACGGUGGACAGCAACAACAACAACAGCAACAGCAGUUACAAUCUCAACAACAACAAAUGAUUCCCAAACAAGAGUUCACAAACGUGGUAAACGUAGACGUUCAGUCUCCAGGUUCAUCGAGCGUGUCGCAGGGAGGCUACAGCGUCCAGCUAGCUGAGUAUAACCCAUCGACGAGCAAAGGACACGAAAUACUAUCGCAAGUGUACCAGCAGUCAUCACUACCACUGAAGCUAGUCCCGGUGAAACCCCGGAAGUACCCAAACAGACCUAGCAAGACGCCGGUGCACGAGCGACCAUAUGCAUGUCCAGUGGAGCAUUGCGACCGUCGGUUCUCCAGAUCUGAUGAACUUACAAGGCACAUCCGUAUACACACGGGCCAAAAACCGUUCCAGUGUCGUAUAUGCAUGCGAUCGUUCUCCAGAUCUGACCAUCUUACAACACACAUUCGAACGCACACUGGCGAGAAACCGUUUACAUGUGACGUGUGUGGUCGUAAGUUCGCAAGAAGCGACGAAAAAAAGAGACAUGCAAAGGUUCACUUGAAGCAACGGACGAAAAAAGAAACCAAAAUGGCGGCAUUACUAGCACAACAACAACAACAACAACAACAGCAGCAGCAGCAGCAGCAGCAACAGCAGCAACAACAACAGCAGCAACAGCAGCAUCAGCAGCAAGGAUCGUCGCAACAACAACAUAUGCAUCACAUGGGAUUCCAAACAGGUGACACUGGUCACAUGUAGACGCAUGCAUACAAAUAUGUCUUUAUUUAUUUCCUUUUAUUUAUUCUUCAUACACAAGAGUGCUUACAACCUAAAGGUAAGCACGGAAGAAACCACUGUUACCAUGUUUAGUUACAAUAUACCAAUGUAUGAGUCACUCCAUCUUACGAUUCCUAUCUUAUCAUUAUAAUUGGAUCACAGAGUAUUUAUACCGUCGGCAAUGAAGUCGCCAUAAUCAAAACAGGGACAUAACUAUAUAUAAUAAUUAUUGGUGCUACACGAUUUGUAACUUCAAUGUGGAUCAUCUUGAAUGUAGCGUACGCCAUCGUAGAGUAAUUUAAAUCUGUUUGAGUACUUUUCAAGUAGUAAGGAUUUAUAACAUCUGACAACGAAAUAGGUAUUAUUUAUUCACUAAUAUGUGAAUCGUACAAAUCUGUCAAUCCAAACAGGUGAAUUCGUAAUAUUUAGAAAUGUAUUCCGUAGUUAAGCCGUGUUUCUCAAGUUGUGUGAAAUAAUAUUUAAUAUUAAUUGACGCCUGGUUUCCUGAUUUAUAGCAGUUGUGUCGAUUCGAGGAAUCAAACUCAUCGAAGUACCUGAUUAAACCAUGAUUAAAAUAUAAUGCACGAAUACAUUCCUUGCUAAAAUACACUGUUGGGCUUUAGAAUAUCCCCAGGGUUUUUAUUUUUAGCAUAAUUAGUAUGUACUAGUUUAUCUUUUGCAUUUAUUUUAUUUGCUUUUUAUCAAUAUUACUGUAAUUUUCAAUUUUAUCAUUAUUAUGGUAUGCCUGUUUUGCAUUCCAACAUAUAUUUUUACUGGUAUUUCUUUGACAAUUUUAUUUUAUGGACAAAUUUAAAUUUGAAGGCUAAAACGGUACGAAUUCUUUUCUUAUAAAAUUAAUAAAAUUUAAAAGACAUAUUUUUGUAUACAAAAAAAAGAAUUAAUACUUCGUUUUAUUUAUUUAUUUAUUUUUCCCCAUAUUUUCCUGUAAAUUACCCAAAAUUAGGUUUAGUAAAUUUUUUGUAAAUCUGUUUCUGUUAACACCCUACUUGUUCUUCGGUAAAAGCAUUUUAUAUAAUUUCUAAAUUUAAAAAAAAACGCUGAAAACUAUUAACAAUUAUUUAACAACUUACUGUUAAGGUGUUUUACUGUAAGUAUAAAAUAAUUAAUGUUGUUUAUUUUUUUAUUCAUUCAUUGGUGUCUUACAUUUUGUCAUUUUGUAAGUUAAUCGUGUUUUUUGUAUUAUACAAUAAUAAUAGCUUGUUUUUGUAUCUGUAUACGAACGUUUGUACAACAAAUGGUAAAUCGCUCAAUGGGUUUAUAUUACCUAUAUUCAGUUCAUAUGUAUCUAUUUUCUACCAUAAUACAUUUCAUCACUCGGUGUCUGCGCAUCAUAUUUUCUUUACUAAUUAAUACAUAAUUACAUCGUAUCAAGAAUAUUUUCAAUUGAGCAGUUUUCUAUAAUACCCACUGAUCUAGACAAUAUUGCAAUACCGUAUAUUCGUAUGGUAAAAGAGGUAAAGCAGGUACCUAUAGUAAAUAAACAUUUCAAAUAAUUAUUGUUACCAUUUAUAUCUUCUGUAAUAUAUUGAGUUCAGACCUAUAAAUGCACCAUCAAAUAUAAGUUAUGCCUGCCUACUGACGAUUAUUGCAAAAACUAUAUUAUAUAACUCUUAAUAGCUGAUAAAGAUAAUAAC